AGACCGUUUACACGUGCAACUAUCUAUGUUGCUGACUUCGAUGGACACACACAAAUUUUGGAUUUUCUCAAUAAUAAACAAGGGAAGAAAGCGAGAAUUAAAAGAAGAAGAUUUAUAUGAAACUUCAAAAUAUCAUACUUCGGAAUAUCUUGGGGACCAACUUCAGAAAGAGUGGAACAAGGAAUUUCAGAAGAGAAAUCCAAGCAUACUAAGAGCUGUAUUGAGAUUUCUUGGAUGGAAAUACUUGAUAAUAUUUUUACUUGUACUCUUUCAGGAAACAGUGUUAGUUGCAGGCCAAGUAUACUUUUUGGGACAAACAAUACAUUGUUUGGACAACAGACAAAAAUUUAAUCUAUACAACAUUAAUGUAACACUUGCAGGAUUUUUUAGCUUUACUGCGAUUUCUCUGUUGUUAUAUAACACAACUUUCUACAUGGCAGAUUUAUAUGGUAUGAAAUUAAAGAUAGCUUUCUGCAGUGUUAUAUAUAGGAAGGCAAUUAAGUUAAGUUCAUCUUCUCUAGAAACAUCUAAUAUAGGACAAAUGGUGAAUCUGCUAGCAUCUGAUGUCAGCAAAUUUCAAAAUCAUGUUGUAUGCUUUCCAUAUUUAUUUACAAAUCCAUUCUUGAUCAUUGUUACCAUAACAAUGUUGUGGAAAUAUUAUGGAUGGACUAUUUUAGUAGGAUACUUGGCCAUAUUUCUCUUUAUUCCGAUACAAAUUGCUUCGAGCAAAGUAUAUUCAAAAUUAAGAUUACAAGCAGCUAUAUUGGGAGACGAAAGAUUGAACCUGUUGAACGAGAUGAUUGCUGGUAUGAGAUUAAUUAAGAUGUACACCUGGGAAAUGCCGUAUGCUGCGUUAAUAGAGAAAAUCAGAGAAAGAGAAAUGAAGAAAGUUCGAAUGUUUUUGUAUACAAGAGAGAUAACAUUAAUAUUGGCAUAUCCGAUGACAAAAUUAUUUUCUUCCCUCACAUACCUUGCAUUCUUUUUAAAUGGUGGUCAAUUAAAUGCCGAAAUUAUAUUUGUCACUAUGGCAUUUUCCUUUCAUAUGUACACUAAAACUCUUAAGUUAUUUUCUCUAGCACUGAAUAUAGUGGCAGAAAUUUUGGUUUCGUUGAAAAGAUUUCAGGAUUUUCUCCUCCUUCAAGAAAAAGACAGCAAUGCAGUGAAAAUUGUAGACGAAGGAGAAAAUUUAACCGAAUAUGGAAUAUGGAUAAAUAAUGUUACAGCUGCAUGGAAUAAAGAGUCGGAGCCAUCAUUGAAUCAGAUUUCGUUCGCCAUGAAGACUGGAGAACGGUUAAUUGUUGUAGGUCCUGUUGGAUCAGGAAAGACGUCUUUGUUAAUGACGAUGUUGGGAGAGAUUCCAAUCACUUUCGGUGAAGUGUCGGUGAAAGGAAAGAUCGCUUACGCUUCUCAAGAACCUUGGGUAUUUAACGCAACAAUCAAAGAAAAUAUCUUGUUUGGAGAAAAAUAUCAGGAAGACAAAUAUCGAAAAAUCUUGCAUAUAACGGCCCUAGAAAAGGAUAUCAGCUUAUUUCCUAAAGGAGAUCUGACUGUUGUAGGAGAAAGAGGAGUGAUAAUGAGCGGUGGGCAAAAGGCAAGAAUUAAUUUAGCAAGAGCACUGUAUCUGGAUGCCGAUAUUUUUCUCCUUGACGAUCCAUUAAGUGCUGUUGACGUUCCGGUGGCAAAACAUAUAUUCGAAAAAUGUAUAACGGAAUAUUUGAAAGACAAGAUUUGCGUUCUCGUUACACAUCAAACACAAUUUUUAAACUCUUCGAGUAAAAUUUUAGUAUUAAACAAGGGAAGAUGUGAAUUAAUUGGGAAUUACAACGAGAUGAAAAAUUUAGAAAUGCUUAAAGGAAUAAUAUCAAAUCAGGAAAUCGCUGAAAAUAGCAUUGACUUAGAAAGUGUACUUUUCGAAGAUAAUGAAAUAAUUGAUAAUACUCAAUUUACUAUCUUUGAUACGAACAACGGCGAUGAGGAUGCUGAAAAUAAGCAAACCCCACGUGAUGAUGAUGAACAAGGAGAAGUCAAAAUUUUAGUUUAUAAAGCAUACGUCAAUGCAGGAGCGGGUGUUCUCUUCAAGAUUAUUAUAUUAAUAAUGCUAGUUGUAUCUCAAUCCUUUAUAAGUGCCAGUGACUAUUGGAUCAUCAAAUGGCUACAAGAUAGAAGAAUUUAUAGCCAAAGUAAGAAGGAAAUAGAAAGUAUAACAUCUAACACAACAGUCUCUAACCAUAUUGAAGGCAGAAAUUUUCAACAGAGUGACGAAUUCAACGUAUAUGUCUAUUUUGGAUUGAUAUGUGCAGUGUGUUUCACCAUGUUACCCACGGGUUCACUAUUAUUGAAAUUCUUUACAGCUGCAUCUACCAAAAUUCAUAACAAUAUGUUCCGUUGUAUUAUUCGAACUCCAAUAUCAUUUUUGGACAAUAAUCCUGUAGGAAAAGUGCUAAAUCGAUUUUCUAAAGAUGUUAAUAACAUGGAUGAUGCCUUACCUUCUCUUUGUUACUUCACAAUAUCAGGAUUCUCACUUGUAGUUGGAAUGUGUGUCAUUCAAGCAAUCCUUUGUCCUUACGUACUCAUACUGAUAUCUGUUCUUUCAAUUUUAUUUUACGCAUUUUGGUCAGUGUUUAGCCGAGUAAUAAAAAGCAUUAAAUAUAUAGAAGGGAAAUCGAGGAGUCCAGUAUUCUCUCAUCUCAGUGUAUCUCUUUACGGACUUACAACCAUUAGGGCUUUCCAUGCAGAAAGUAAAUUUAAAUCUAUGUUUAAUAUGUAUCUGGAUAAGCAUACUGCAGCAUGGUUUUUUUUCGUGGGUUUAAGUCGAUGGAUGACCUUAUACGGUCAAAUUGUUUGUUUUAUAAAUCUAAUUAUCACUGUUAUUAUUUUCUGUAUUUUAAUUAAUGCAGAUGAUGCAGGAAGCCAAAUUGGACUUGUUCUCAACUACGGCUUACUACUAAUUUUUCAUUUUCAAAACGUUAUUAGAUUCGGAUCUGAUGCUAAAUUUCAGAUGAACUCUGUUAAACGCAUACUGAACUACAGCAAGUUAAAAUCGGAAGCUUCGUACGAAAGUUUGCCUAAUAAACGGCCACCCUCAGACUGGCCACAAAGAGGAGAAAUUAAUUUUGAUAAUGUUUCUUUACAAUAUUCCAAGGAUAAAAAUAUUGUUUUAAAAAACAUAACAUUUCGUGUUCGCUCGGGAGAAAAGAUAGGAAUUGUUGGGAGAACAGGAGCAGGAAAGAGUUCUAUAAUUGCUUCGUUAUUUCGCAUGACGGAGCCAACGGGAACAAUUACCAUCGAUGGAAUUGACACUAAGGAAAUAGGUCUUCGGGAUCUACGUAGUAAAAUAUCCAUCAUUCCUCAAGAUCCGAUGUUAUUUACCGGUCCUCUUCGAAGAAACAUAGAUCCUUUCGAUGAAUAUUCAGAAGAAAUGCUGUGGCAAACCUUAGAACAGGUACAAUUAAAAGAAGUCAUCAAUAAAUUGCCUGGGGGAUUGGAUACACAUUUAUCAGAAGGAGGACGAAAUUUCAGCGUGGGAGAAAGACAGUUAAUUUGUCUAGCCAGAACGAUUCUUCGUAAGAAUAAAGUUCUUGUCAUGGACGAAGCAACGUCCAAUAUUGAUAAAAGGUUAGAA